UGGGCUCUGUCUGCUCCUCCUUCCUCCUCCUCCUCCUCCUCCUCACUCUUCUGUGAUCCUCUUUGCAGCCCAGAUAACGGAGCCUGAAGCAGUCGCCAUGGGGGUGGAAGGAUGCACCAAAUGUAUCAAAUACAUGCUCUUCGUCUUCAACUUCAUCUUCUGGCUGGCAGGAGGAGUGAUCCUUGGUGUUGCUCUAUGGCUGCGACAUGAACCUACAACCUCCAAUCUAUUGAUCCAGCAAAUUGGGGACAAGCAAGUUCCAGCUACCUUUUACAUUGGGAUCUACAUCAUCAUCGCAGUUGGUGCUGUCAUGAUGUUUGUGGGCUUCUUAGGAUGCUAUGGAGCCAUUCAGGAAUCUCAGUGUCUGCUAGGAACGUUUUUCGCCUGUUUAGUAAUCCUGUUUGCAUGUGAAGUCGCUGCUGGCAUCUGGGGUUUUGUAAACAGAGAACAGGUCUCUAAAGAGAUAAAACAGUUUUAUGAUGAAGCUUAUGAACAAGCAAGGAGCCCGAAGAAGGAAGAGCAAGAGAAGGCCAGACCGGUCAUCAAGGUUUUCCACGAGUCGCUGCAGUGCUGUAAAUUUGACAUUAAAAACGCAGUGGACAACCUCUGUCCAUCUGGAAUAAUGAAUGUGAAUUGCCAUGAGAAAAUUGACGCUCUGUUCCAGUCUAAACUACACUUGGUCGGUAUUGCUGCUGCAGUGGUGGCUGUUAUUAUGAUUAUCGAGAUGAUCUUCAGUAUGGUUCUGUGCUGUGGUAUUCGGAUCUAUUCUGUGUACUGAGAGGCACGCUUCUUCCCACGUGUAAAUAACACCCACCUCUUCUAUUCCCCUCCCCCCCUCCCUGUGUGUCUUUUUAUUAACACUUGUUCACCGCUCUUGUGGAGCUUGUGCAGAUGUUUAACCCAGAUUAAAGGUGACAUUUUUCUUCUAGACCGCUCAUGAGGAUCUCUUUUCUCUGUAGCGUCCUUCCGCAGAGGUUAGAGCAACAAGGCACUCAGAGUCUGGGGGCCUGCAGAAUGUACUCCCUGAUGAUUUUAAGGCCCCUCACUCUCGGCCUUAGCAUUGAUAAAUAGUGUCACCCUGUCACUGCCACAGAACCCAACCUUCUGGAGUUUACAUUCAUACUGAAUGAACGAUGGCUACACAUCAAUCCAACUCUCGGAGGCAUGCCAGUGCCUUAUUGCAUAAUCUCUCUGCCCGCUCCUGUGUAAAAUAUAUUGUGUUAGUACUGUCAGGGGAAGGACCAAGCCUAACAAUACCCCUUUCCUGCACGAUCCCCCCACGUCAUCUGAUGGAAAAGUGAAUAUAUAUGUAUAAUUAUAUAUAAACAUGUAUAAAGAUUCUCAUUAAAAACAUUUAUUGGGGGCUUUUCCUCCCAACACUA